AAGACCCUUUUUUAAAAAUUUUACCUUCAACUGAAAGUUUUUCUAUCUUUUCAAAAUGUGGUAUAUAUAUUUAAGAUAGUUCAUUUUGAUCAUUUGUGAUCCAAUAGGUGCAGUUUCUGUGUUGGAAUGGGGUGGUUUGAUUCUCUGUUAGGGCCAGAUGAAAGAAAGUUUAUCAAAAGGAAAGACAGUGAUGCAGGUGAAGCAGCUGAUUUUUUGUUGUCCACAAAUGGAGUUUUGGGGGUAAAAGAAUCCAGGCAACCAGCUAGAUUUGCAAUUGAUGCAUAUCCUUAUAAGGAAUUUCUCCUGAUCGUGAGGAUUUAACUUUUGUGGUUCAGGAAAACAAUGAAUGUUUUACUUCUGCUAAAUGGUCUCAAAGGUAGAGCAUUGGAAGAGCUCAGGAGUUCCCUCUACAACGAGCUUAGAACUUCAGAAGGAGCCAAGCGCCAACAACAACGAUUUUGUGGACCUGUGGUCGCAAUGUCCUUCAAUUUCAUGGUUGCUGUUGGGAUUAUUCUGGCAAACAAAUUAGUGAUGGGGAAAGUUGGAUUCAAUUUCCCAAUCUUCCUAACCUUCAUACAUUACUCCAUAGCAUGGCUGUUACUAGCAUUUUUCAAGGCAUUGUCAUUGCUUCCAGUUUCCCCUCCCUCUAAAACCACUCCUUCCUCAUCCCUCUUCACUUUGGGCGCUAUAAUGGCUUUUGCGUCUGGCCUCGCCAAUACCAGCCUAAAGUAUAACAGUGUUGGUUUCUACCAAAUGGCUAAAAUUGCAGUCACUCCUACUAUUGUUCUUGCAGAAUUUGUUCUCUUCAGGAAAACCAUUUCUUUCAAAAAGGUUUUGGCUCUAGUAGUUGUCUCCGCCGGUGUAUCAGUAGCUACUGUGACAGAUUUAGAGUUCAAUGCUUUUGGUGCAUGCAUCGCCAUUGCAUGGAUUAUCCCAAGCGCUAUAAACAAAAUUCUCUGGUCUAAUUUACAACAACAAGCCAACUGGACAGCACUUGCGUUGAUGUGGAAGACAACCCCAAUCACAAUUUUCUUCUUAGUAGCCCUGAUGCCAUGGUUGGAUCCACCAGGACUGCUAUUGUUCAAAUGGGAUCUAAAUAAUUCAACAGCAGUUCUCAUCUCAGCUCUACUUGGUUUUCUCUUACAAUGGUCUGGUGCUCUGGCUUUGGGAGCAACUUCUGCAACCUCUCAUGUUGUAUUGGGACAAUUUAAGACAUGUGUGAUACUUGUUGGAGGAUAUGUACUUUUGGAUUCAGAUCCAGGCUUUGUGAGCCUUUGUGGAGCUGUUGCUGCUCUUGGUGGAAUGUCGGUUUACACAUCACUUAACUUGAAAGAGUCAAAUGAAAGUUCAAGCAAGCAGCAAAACCCUCUACCAAAAACGAAAACCAGUGAAAAUGUCAGUGAAGACUCAACAGUAACAAAUACUGCUACUAAUGUUGUGUAAAAAUAUAGAAGAGAGAGGGAGGAUGAAGGCCUGUGUUCUUCUGUAAUGGCUCCAACAGAAGAAUUCUGGAUGGAAGAUUUCAUAUUUUGUAUAGAUAAGGAAACAAAGACUGACAGGAGUUACUGAGUUUUUUCCCCUCAAUAUUUGAUGAUUUGUUUUAUUCUAUGCUUUGGAAUUGAAUUUCACAGGAAAGGUUUGUGUUGCUUGAUUUGUAUCAUUAGCUAAAGCCUUCCAAAUCACCUGACAAUCCCAAACACAUCAAACUUACUGAUGAGUAAAUACCUUAAACGAGUCAGAU